AUGACGCCAGCAACGCCCAAAGAAAGCAGCACGCUGCAAUCACUCAAAAGGUUAAACCAACAACUCAACCAAGACCACCAACAAAAAUUAGAAGACAUUACGCUCAUUCAACCAUCAAUUGAAGAAUUGAAGCAAUAUACUCAUACUAAACUCGGAUCUAAAUAUCUCAAGGCUCGUCUGUUGAUGGAUGAAGGAAAACGUCUAUUCUUCUCGGGCCAGGAAGAAGAAGGACUGAAAUACAUCGCAAAAGCAUUUUGGCUGGAAGAAAAGGCUUGUAGAUUGACUAUGGAAGAGAGAGCAAAGAUUAUACGGUAUUGUGAUCACAUUCAAAAAUCACAUAACCGGAAUGCUACGAGCGAUCCUGAAAGCAUGAAAAAAGAAAAAUCACUGUGUUUUCUGGACUCGAUUUAUAACGCAUGUUGUGUGAUACUUAUUUUCAUGUUUCCUGGUGUUGACAAGUAUCGCGAGAUGGGUAUGCCUAUGAUGAUUGAACAAGAUGGUUCGUUUAGAUCCUAUGAUAUGAUUGGAAGCUGCUAUGCUUUUGCAAACAAUUGGCUCAACGCACUCAAAUACUUUUUAAUGGCGUUCGAAAAGAAUCCAAAUGAAUUUGAAAUCAUGUACUCGAUUGGAAUUGCUUACAAAAAUUUGUUAGAUUUCAAGUCGAGUAGAGAAUGGUUGCAGCGAUAUGUAGAACAAUCUGAAUUAGAGGAUUUUAAACGACCCUCUGCACAUUACGAACUUGCAUCACUGGCUCUUGUAAUUGAUAAUACAAACAUGAAGGAGGUGGUUAAGCAAGCCCAGUUGGCAAGAUAUGCCAUGACCAAAAGAUUACCUUUUUUGGGACCAUUAACAACAGGUACACAAGAAUUGGUAGAGACCUUGGUUCGUGUGAUGAAAGAUGUAGAUGCUCUUCCUGUAAAUACUAAAAAAGUUAUGAAAGAGGUGGGCGAAGUAAUUAAUAAUCAGACAAAAAAGAAAGAGGAGCUACCAGAGCCUUCUCCAGAACAAUUGAAAUUGAAGGAGGAAGGAAAUGAUUUUUUUAAGGACAAUAAUUUCACUGAGGCAAUCAAGUGUUACAAUAAUGCACUUUUAGAAACUAGCUCUAAAAUUGACUCUAUAUUGCAUUCAAAUCUUGCAAUAUGCCAUGCCAAACUUGGGUGUUUUUCCGAAUCAUUAUGUCAUGCAGAGAAGUCUGUUAUUUGUGACCCAUAUUUUGCGAAAGGAUACUAUAGGAAGGCCUUUGCUUUAAUGAAGCUAAAUCGAAUGCAAGAAGCAAACACAAAUGCAAUUAUUUAUACUUCUUUUGGAACAAAGAUAUCCAAAGGUCACGAACUUGAAUCCAUACGUCCAGACUCUGAGAUAAUACUAGUUAGGAAUGCUCUGCAAUUUAAACACUCUCUGUUUUCUGAAAACGUGGCUCUUCAAAACUUGACUAUUGUUGUGACGGAUGAAGAUACCUAUACCAUAUGUGACGAGAUUACCAGACCUAUUUCCAUGAUUGGUAUUGGACGAGAGAAGCCAACGUUUUUAGAAAUGCCUCUUGUAGCUUGCGGUUCAGGAGGAAAAUUGACCUUAAUUGAUUGUGUAGUGAAUGGAGCUCAUGGCUCUGGAGGAGUUAUGGCUCAUGACGAAGGAUCUAUUUUAAAAAUGACCAAUUGUCAAGUGUAUGAUUGUGCUAGGGCAGCAGUAGAGAUUGUUAGCGGUGCUAGAGCAGAAAUUGAUAAGUGUGAACUUUUUGCAUGUGGACAAGGUAUAAUAGGAUAUAAUAAUGGAAAGAGUGUGAAGGUAACGAACUCUAAAAUUUACCAACACGCAAAAGAAGGAGUUUUGAUUGCACAAAAAUGUAGUGCCUUCUUGACAAAUGUUUCUAUAUUCAAAAACACUAAUUUUGGAAUUAGUGUUGAUAACACGGGAGCUGCAACGUUGAAAGAUUGUGUAAUUAGUGAAAGUCUGUAUUAUGGUAUUUGUGUGAAGGGAGAUUGUCCUUUACAAGUGACAGAUUCUCAAAUCAUCAGUAAUCAUUGCGGAGGAGUAAGAAUAGGAAUUAAUUACUCUGCUCCAGUCUUUUUCAAUAAUUGUAGAGUGUCAAACAAUAAUGGCCCUGGGAUUUUUCAAGAGUUGAAUAGGAAAGUUAGUUCAAAAUCUUUAACUCAGAAUUUGCAAAAUCUAAAAAUUAACGCGAAAGAUAUAGAUAGACAGAUGAAGAAAAUUUCCAACGAAUUGAGGAGCGUGGCGAACGUCACACUCACAAAUGUUGUAGAAGAUGGAAACGAAGAAAAGAAUGAACAUCCGUCAAAAGUAGCUAAAGCUGAAAGAUUAUGCGCCUUUUGCAAUUCUCAUUCUGAAACAAUGUCAAAAUGUUCGAAAUGUAAGACAGUUAUAUAUUGUGGAAAACAAUGCCAAAUCAAAGACUGGCGAAAUCACAAAGUAUUUUGCAACAGUUUAACCACAGACUAUACAAUAGUAUGUGAUUUGGCAAAAGCGAAAACCAUUGAAAAGAAAGAAUUUUUUAGUAAUUUAGCACAAAGCAGUACCUACAUGACACGACAAGAAAGAAAUGCUGGCAAGUACAAAGAUGGAAAAAAGUUUAUUGUUAAAAUACAAACUCGUGAGCUUAGCCGAUCACCAGAUGAAGAUUUGACUCUGUACAACGAGAAUCGAGAUUUAAUUAUUUCUUUCCCAAAUAGAGAUCUUUAUACUCUAAUAAUGAAAUGUGGAGUAUUAGGAGACAAUCAAAUGACUUCCAAAAAGGUUUUCCUCUAUGCCAUCUAUGACCAGCCAACAAACAGUUUACAUAUUUACACUCACGAACUUGCUCCAUUUCAAAAGUGGUAG